AUGGCUUCUAUUUAUACAAAGAGGCUUACAAAAGAACUCAAAGAUCUUAAUAAAAAUCCUCCAGAAGGUGUUGAGGUAGAAGAAGCAGACAACCUAAAAAAAUGGCGUUUGCGUUUAAGAGGCGCACCAGGUACUAUUUAUGAGGGAGAGGAAUUCAAAUUAGAAUUUCGGUUUACACCACAGUAUCCAUUGGAAGCACCUGAUGUUGUCUUUAUCAAGCCUUAUAUACCAAUUUACUCAAAUGGACACAUUUGUCUCAACAUUCUCUAUAAAGACUGGUCGCCUGUUCAAACGGUGGCACACGUCUGCUUAUCCAUUAUCUCUAUGAUAUCAAGUUGCACCAAGAAAGAACUUCCACCAGAUAAUGAUUUAUACAUCAAAGGGGCUUCGAAUUCACCUAAAAAGACAGCAUGGGCCUUCCAGGUAAAAUAA